AUAUGGUACAUUGUCGCCAACAGAAACGCACGCAUAGAGAGUAACCUUAAAUCGACUUCUAUCGAUUAUUUAAUUCGUAGAUUAAGAUAAGAUAAAUUUGGUUCCAAAGAAAUAUAUUUUAAUAAUUAAAUAUUAAUAUAGCGAAAUUCGAACAGGCAUAUCUUCGGACCUUUGUCAGUCCUCCAUUUAUUAACUGUCAUGGUUUCCUCUCAUCGCAAAUUUUGAAUUGAAUUUCUAGACGAUAAAAUAGAUAUUUUGAAGAUAUUGAUCUUAUUGACAUAGUAUUAAUCACAAGAUGAAUCAAGGCUAUUAUGACAGAAGAGGAGACAAACGUAAAAGAUCUCGUUCACGAUCUCCUGUCAGAGAUCAGUGGGGACAGCAAUCAUGGCCUGAUCAUAGUUUCAAUUCAAAUAUGCCUAGAAGUGGAACUGAACAGUUUGAAGCACAUAAAGAUAGUUUGAUAGCUUUAGAUUUAUAUAAUUCCGAUCUGAAUUUGAUCAUUGAUAAAUCUCAGUUUUCGGCAAAACCUUUAACUACGGAAGGUUUUGCUUUCAUGUGGGCGGGAGCUCGUGCAACACAUGGUGCACUACAAGGCAAAGUGUGUUACGAAGUUAAGGUAAUGCAACAACUUGAUGUAAGUCAUCUUCCUCCAGAAGAAAUAAAUCCUCAUGUCGUUCGUACUGGUUGGUCAUUAGAAAAAACUUCCAUGCAGCUUGGUGAAGAACCAGAUUCAUAUGGUUAUGGUGGAACAGGUAAAGCUUCGACCAAUUGUAAAUUCAAAGAUUAUGGAGCACCUUUUAUUCAGGGAGAUACAGUCACAUGUUAUUUGAAUGCAGAUACUAAUCCAAUUGAAAUUAGUUAUGCCAAGAAUGGAAGACAUUUAGGAAUUGCAUAUAGAAUACCAAGGGAACAGAUUGGAGAACAAGCACUUUAUCCCCAUGUUCUUACAAAAAAUUGUGAAUUUUUUGUCAAUUUUGGUCAGUUGCCUGAACCUCUUUUUCCAUUAUGUCCUGGAUAUGAAAAUUACACAUUUAUUAGUUGUGCACCGGCAGCAUGGUUAGAAAGAGGUACUCUUCCACCAACUAAAAAGGAAGAUUGUGAGAUUAUAAUGAUGUGUGGCUUACCUGGUGCUGGAAAAACUACAUGGGCUGUAAAUUACAUUGCAUUACAUCCUGAUAAGAAAUACAACCUAUUAGGAACAAAUAGUAUAAUUGAUAAGAUGAAGGUAAUGGGUUUACCUAGAAAAAGAAAUUAUGCUGGACGAUGGGACGUUUUAAUUCAAAAAUCGACGAAAUGUCUGAACAAAUUAUUAGAAAUGGGAUCUCGUGAACUUCGUAAUUAUAUAUUAGAUCAAACUAAUGUCUAUCCUUCGGCCCAAAAAAGAAAAAUGAGGCCGUUCGAAGGAUUUAAGAAAAAGGCAGUUGUUUUGGUACCUACAGAUGAAGAGUUCCAAAGAAGAUGUGCCAAAAGAGAGUCAGAAGAAGGAAAAGAUGUACCGGAUAGUGCUGUGCUAGAAAUGAAAGCAAAUUUUGGCCUCCCAACGAUUGGACCAAUUUUUGACGAUGUGACCUAUGUUGAACUUCCAAAAGAAGAAGCAGAACCUUUAGUUAAGCAAUACAACGAAGAAGGGCAAGCGGCUGUCGGCCCACAGCAGAAAAGGUUCUGUCCAAACAAUCAGCAAAAUACUGGUGACUCCAAUAAUAGGAGUAAUUGGGAGGGGAAUAGAGGCUACCAAGGAGAUGGAAGAUCUGGUGGACGAGGAAGGGGACAGUCUCGCGGCGGCUAUAACAGGGGAGAUAAUUUCUCUUCUGGUGGUGAUAGGGGUGGCUACAGGGGUGGAAACAUGUCUUCAGGAGGUGGAGAUAGGGGAGGAGACAGAGGAGGCGGUUACAGAGGCGACAGUAUGUCUUAUGGUGGCGGAGACAGGGACAGCUACAGAGGAGGAGGUAUGACAGGUGGUGGAGACAGAGACAGUUACAGAGGAGGAAAUGUGCCCUCCAUGGGUGGAGACAGAGGAGGAUACAGGGGUACAAAUUCGCCUGCCGGUUCAAUGGGAGACAGAGGUGGAUACAGAGGUUCAAAUUCGCCUGCCAGCAUGAUGGGUGACAGAGGUGGCUAUGGUAGAUCCGAUUCGUACGGUUCCCCCGCUGGAUCUGGAAUGCAAAGCGGAAAUCAGAGUUGGAACAGAGGCUCAAAUCCAUAUCAGUCAUCAUAUGGACAAAAUUCUCCUUCACAGUAUGGUCGUGGUGGAGGAAAUCAGGGCAUUCAAGACAGUUAUAACGAUCAGAGGUAUCAUCAGAGUCCUCAGGACCAAUGGAAAUCGGCCGGACGCGGAGGUUACGACCAAAGCGAUCAAUACGGAUACGGACAGCAGAGUCAACAGAGUUAUUCCCAGCAGGACCAGUCGAGAUACGGGCAGUAUGACCACUCGUCUAGGUACGGCCAGCACGUGGACCACCGAGACCAACCCAGAUACGGCCAGCAGGCACCCGACCACUCCAGAGAUCCCGGAGGUUACAACCAGAGCUACGGCAGAGACCAACAGAGUAGUUACGGACAGAGUUACGACCAAUCCGACUACAACAGAAACUAUGAGCAUUCCCAGAGCACCCCUUCCUACGGUCAGCAGUCGUAUGGUCGAUCGUCUUACGGCCAGGGAAGCGACCAGACUCAGAAUUACAACCAAGGAUAUGGUCAUCAGCCGCAGCAGCAGCAGCAGCAGUACGGCCAGAGCGACUACAACCAGCAACAGUACCAACAGUACGGAGGAUACCAACAGCAGCCUCCUCCUCAGAGCCAGGGAUACGGCGGUUACGGCCAAUACAAAUAAAGAUCGUGUUUUAAUCAUUACGAAAGAAAAAUCACAUUAACAUUAGCCACAUAUUAAUUAUGUGCGUUUAAUUCUGUUUUUAUGUUGCUUUUGUGGAUGUCGUUUAAUUUGUUCUCAGUAAACACUUUUUACAUA